AAUGUGGGUUUGAAUCGUGUAGGCCUUCGCAGUACGAACAGAACUCUGCGUUUUAAAUACAACCCAAACUGCAUGUAGGUAACUUCUCGAUAGCGCUCAUUUCACACUGGCACCCAAAGGCGGGGGCUCGUUCUGAUGACGUCAAUAGUUUACCGUUUCGAACACAAUCGCCAUUUUGGCUCAAAACAAAGUCAUGUUUUCACCGCUUUGCUAUUAGUGAUGUUUUUUGUCCGAAUACAUUUUUUGUACACACUUCCGCGGACACGGGGACUAAACGGUGCAGCUGCAAUACUUAGUGUUUGCUCCGAACUGAAUUUGCGCGCAGCUUCAUAAAGGAAGACGCGAGGGACGCGGCAGAGGCGGUUAGCUGCGGCGGCUAGGAGGAGCGCCGAGGCAGAGCCAGAGCAGAGGCCGCACUAUGGGAGGAUGCUCGGCUCCCAACUGCUCCAACUCGACCACCAUCGGCAAGCAGCUCUUUCGCUUCCCCAAAGACCCGGUGCGCAUGAGGAAGUGGGUCGUUAACUGCCGCCGCGACUUCGUCCCGACCCCGUGCUCCAGACUGUGCCAGGACCACUUCGAGGAGAGCCAGUUCGAGGAGGUGGCCCGCUCGCCGGCCGGCGGCAGGAAGCUCAAGCCCAACGCCGUCCCCACGCUCUUCAACGUGCCCGACCCGCCGUCCCCGAUCGGCGCGCUCACGCUGACACACCCCAAGCGCGAGCAGGUUGAGAAGGAGCAGAACGUGGGCGAUCAUGGCUACGCCCGCAGGCAGCCUCGCGGCGAGGCGGAGGAAGGCGAAGGUGGGCAGCGGCCCGACGAGGAGCGCUCCUGUUCCCUGUGUCAGCAAUACAAGGCACAGCUGGAGCAGCAGCAGCAGCAGACGGCGCGGCUGCAGAAGGAGGCCGAGGAGAUGAAGAAGAAACUGCACAAGCUCAACAAAAUAGAGAAGGGCCUCCAGAUGUUUCUUUUCGAGGACCAGAUUCGGGCCCUGACUCUGGCCAAGCGGUCACGGAGGGCCGUCUGGUCCCAGGACACGGUGCUGACGGCCCGCAGGAUCCGGUGCGCCGUGGGCGUGAAGGGCUACGAGUUCCUGCGUGAGCUGGGCUACCCGCUGCCCUCCUACAGGACCCUGUGCAAUCGCUUGGAACCCAAAAUCAUGGUGCCUGCAGCCAUGCAGGAGGAACUGGCCGAGCUGGGCCUCGGCAUCAUAUCCACCUGCGACAGUCCUGAGGAGAGCGGCCCCGGUGACGAUGCCCUCCUCGGGGUCAUCUCGUAAAGCGCGGGAGGACUGCUGGCCUCGUGGCUUCGGGAAGCACUGUGAGAAACCCGGGCUGUGGGUGGAGGCGCUGAACUUGCACCGGCUGCUAACGCGGCCAGUUAAAGGUCCCUUUGCAUUCAGGACGCCAUGAAAGUAACGCGUUACAAUAAUAUUGAGCUCCGCGGUUCGAGCGCUUGUACCCUUAACAUGGCUUCUGAAGGUGUUUCCUAAAGACCGUAUAUUUGUAUCUGUGCUUAAAAGAUAAGAUAUUUUUUUAUGACCGGGAACGUUCUGAGUUCCCUUGGUAAACUUUGUUUGCUUUAGUCACUUUUGUUUCCUUAGUCUCUUUCUUAAUUCAAGUUUCUUAGGGGGGUGUGAUAAUGAGUCUGAUCACAUGUGUCAAUUUGCAUAAGAAUAUUUCACAUCAUCAUCUUGGAUAAAUAAUAAGAGAAUAAGUCGGUUGUUUGAUUACUGUGAAUGUGUACAGCAUUACCAGUGUGUUUUGGAGAUUCCGUAAGGAGCUGCAGCGCUACAGACCGAAGUGCUCGGAUCCAGUACGUUAAAGGCUCCCGUAUGUUGAACACUAUGUUACUUGUUGCAAUAUGUCCCCCCCCCCCCUCCUUUAUUUAGCCUCUUUUGUUAGAGUUAUCCAGCACAAUGUUGUUUGUAAAUAGUAGGACUGUCGAUAUCAUGCUCAUUUAGGGUAAAAACACUUCUCUCUGAGUUCUCCUGUGUUUCAUCUUAAGUCUGUUCAUUUUUCUGCUCGUCUGUGUGGGCACAGGUAAGGUAAUCCAAAGUGAAAAGGUUAUGGAAGACAAACAUUUUGCAGCAGGCUUAACAAGGAAUUAUACUGUGCAGAGUCAAGCAUGUGGUAACAAAAGCAGUGGUAGUGUAUUCAAUGAAAAAUAAAAUCUACCUUUGACAGUGGUGGUUUUUUUACCUUUUACCUGUGAUAACUAUUUAAUUGAUUUUAGCAUCUAGUGACAAUGUUAUUAAUAGCUGUAAAUUGACUUAA